AUGAAGGAGAUACAAGACGACCAGAUCCUCAAGUCUCAAUUACUACAAUAUGUCAGAGGGGAACUUAUUUCUAAAGCUAGAAUCAGUGUACCUCCUACGUAUGGCAUCAAAAACAUCCACAAGGACAAACUAAGUGGUAUGAUCUAUUUGAUCAUAAACUCAGAAACUUUUAUCAAUAACACCAUAGAUUUAAAGAUUGAAUGUGCUCUACUAGAUGCAAUUAACAACACUACAAUAGAAUUCUCAGAGACAGCAAUUUCUGCUAGGUGGGAUCAUCAUAUAAGGUUGUUGGAAAUAUUUCAGAAAUGUUCUCCUACAUACUUGGCAGCUGUAUUUGAUGAGGUUGAUGAAUAUGUUUGGAAUGGUUGUAUAACAGUGGGGCAAUCUGAUGUAUCUGAGCUUAUGUUUGAUUUUGAUGCUUUAGAAGAAGCAGCAAAAGCAUCCAAAUCAUAA